AAUAAAUAUAACUGUGGGUUUGAUUAACAGUAUUAAAUGGAAAUACGUAUAUAGAUAUUUAAAAGGGAAUCUUUCUUAAGAUAAAAUAUUUGUUUUGAUAGAUAUACAGAGUUGGGUAGGGGUUUUUGUCGUGCUGAAGUGUAGACCUCAUUAACUAUUUUAAGUCUGCAGUCCAAUAAUUUUGUGUCUCAGUGUCUUUUUUAUAUAGAGUAUAACAAGGUGACAAAUUUAUGUUAUUGGCAACUUCAUUUCUGGCGAUUUAUUUACUAUAAAAUGUACCACUUUUCUUAAAAUUUAAAUUGCUUAUUUUGUUUGUAUGUCAUUGCUUUUGAUUUUCUUUGUGAAAGGAGAUAAGUGUCGUAGCUGUCAGAGUAUUUUGUUGAAGACCAUCAUGCUGUGUUACUUCAAUACCUGAGUAAGUAGUGGUUGAUUGGUGAUAUAGUGUACACAGCAGACAUUUAGAAUAGUAUCAUGCUUUCAACUUAAGUGGAAAUGAGAUUAUUCUUUUAAGGACUUUUAUUUAAAUGUGCAUUUUUCUGUAAGGAAUAAUAAAAUAUUAGUAAUUAAGGACUAUUCAGUACUAUAUUAAAUACAUGUUCUUCCUGUUAAUUAUAGAGUAAUUCACUUCACCCUUGAUUAUUUCAGAAGUUUGGAGAUAAGUGAAUUCUCUCCAUAACCCUGAGCCUUUGCCUAGUUUUCAGGAAGAAUCCCUGACCUUUAGAUAACACCCUACUAAGCUGAACAAAUCACUUUCUAUAUCUGGUACAGUCUCCCUUCCAGAUGGGCAUGCAAAGGAUGCGUGCGUUUCACUCCUUUACCAACGCGGAGCAGUAUGUUGUACUAGAAAAACAGGGCUUUAGAACUGAAGGAGAUCUGAAUUGUGGUUUUGCCACCUGAUCCCAUUAUCUCUUCAGGCAAGUUCCUCAGUCUUUCUGAGCGCAGGUUCCCCAUUUAUAAAAGGGAUAAUCAUACCCUUGAUAAGAUUCUGUAACUCGUUAAAUAAUAUUACAUACGUAAAACGCCUUCAUCAUCGUAGGCAAUUAAUGAACGUAGCUUCUUUGUUGACUGCUCAGUGGUUUUCAUAGUGUGGCCUUCAGACCGUCAGCCUCGGCCUCACUUGAGAACUUGUUAGAAAUGGACACUCAGGCCCCACCCCCGACCCACUGAAUCAGAAACUGCUGGGGAUAGCACCCAGGAAUCUGUUUGAACAAGCUCUUCGGGUGAUUCUGAUCCACGUGAAAGACUGAGAACCACUGCUCAGGAGAGAAUCCUUUGAGAAUGAUUGCCUACUCUAAAUUUUCUAAGGAUUUAAGACUAUUUUUGACCCAUAGACAAAAGAAUCCUGCACAAUAUUUAUUUAUUGUUCAUUUGAUAGACACAAACGUGACAAUGUGUUUUGACAUCAUAGAUAUACCUGAGUAACAUCUAUUUACAUACAUCCCAAAUUUACCUCUGUAGAUACAUAGAAUUGAACUAACUUUAUAUUGUUUAUGCAUUUUUAUCUGACUUUCUGGCCUAGUAGUUUUAAUUCAUAAAGAAUAUGCUUACUUCGGAAAGAGAAUUAAUAUAACUACUGUUUGCUCUCUUUAUAAUGUUACCUACCUCAUUUAUUUUUUUAAAAGCCAAACUUUAUUUUUUAAUCAUCAUAUUCUUUUCUCAAGACUAUCUUUGCUACCUCUAAUCAUACAGAAUAGGUACAAUACUAAAAAUGGUACAUGAGUUAUGUCCAUGGCAACAGUUUGAUGAAGUGUAGAUGUGUUUUUAAUUUCUAGGUAUCUAAUUUCUCUUAGGAAAAUUACCUAUAACCUCAGUCUAAUCUUGAGGAAAAUCAUCAGACAAAUUCCAGUAGGGGGGCAUCCUACAAAAUACUUGAGCAGUACUCCGAACUGUCAAGUUCAUCAAAAACAAGGAAAGUCAGAGACACUGUCACACCCCGGGGUGCCUAAGGGAACACGACAAGUCAAUGUAAUGUGCGAACCAGGAACAGAAAAAGGACAUUAGGUAUGGAGAGCAGGAAACUACUGCUGUUGAAAAAGAUAGUGUUACAGUUCCCAAGAGGAGAGGGCACACCUUGCCACACAGGGACUCACAGGUGAGUUGAAGAAGCUCAAGGAAGAAGAGCACCAGUGACCCAGAGAAGGCACACGAGACACAACAGCCUUUCAGUCUGGAAGUCAAGGCUGAGGAGGAACAUUAUCCCAGUCUAUAAAAUCGUGGAAAAGACAAACAGCCUUUGUUGAAGAUGUGCAUGAAGUUGACACAACCCUUCAAGACUGCAGAGGAGACUCCUUGGACAAUCUUCAGAACUGGAGACAAUGCGAAGACACAGAAAUGAAGUGACAGUUGAACUGCGAAAGAACAAAAGAGAUGAACACUUACUGAAAAAAAGAAAUGUUCCCCAAGAAGAAAGUUUAGAAGAUUCAGAUGUUGAUGCUGAUUUUAAAGCACAAAAUGUAACACUAGAAGCUAUAUUGCAGAAUGCCACAAGUGAUAACCCAGUGGUCCAGUUGAGUGCUGUCCAGGCUGCAAGAAAGCUAUUAUCCAGUGACAGAAAUCCACCAAUUGAUGACCUAAUAAAAUCUGGGAUUUUACCAAUUCUAGUGAAAUGUCUAGAAAGGGAUGAUAAUCCUUCAUUACAGUUUGAAGCUGCGUGGGCAUUAACUAAUAUAGCAUCAGGAACUUCUGCACAGACUCAAGCUGUUGUACAGUCUAAUGCCGUACCUCUUUUUCUAAGACUUCUCCAUUCACCACAUCAGAAUGUUUGUGAACAAGCAGUAUGGGCUUUGGGAAACAUUAUAGGUGAUGGUCCUCAAUGUAGAGAUUAUGUCAUAUCACUGGGAGUUGUCAAACCUCUUCUGUCCUUCAUCAAUCCCUCCAUUCCCAUCACCUUCCUUCGGAACGUCACAUGGGUCAUUGUCAAUCUCUGCAGGAAUAAGGAUCCCCCACCGCCUAUGGAGACAGUUCAGGAGAUUUUGCCAGCAUUAUGUGUCCUCAUAUACCAUACGGACAUAAACAUUCUUGUGGAUACUGUUUGGGCACUGUCAUACCUGACAGAUGGAGGUAAUGAGCAGAUACAGAUGGUUAUUGAUUCAGGGGUUGUGCCAUUUCUUGUGCCCCUUCUGAGCCACCAGGAAGUGAAAGUUCAAACAGCAGCACUCAGAGCGGUUGGCAACAUAGUGACAGGUACCGACGAGCAGACCCAAGUUGUUCUCAACUGCGAUGUCCUGUCACACUUCCCAAAUCUCUUAUCACACCCAAAAGAGAAGAUAAAUAAGGAAGCAGUGUGGUUCCUUUCCAACAUUACAGCAGGCAACCAGCAACAAGUUCAAGCUGUAAUAGAUGCUGGAUUAAUCCCUAUGAUUAUUCAUCAACUUGCCAAGGGGGACUUUGGAACACAAAAAGAAGCUGCUUGGGCAAUUAGCAACUUAACAAUAAGUGGCAGAAAAGAUCAAGUUGAGUACCUUGUACAGCAGAAUGUAAUACCACCAUUCUGUAAUUUACUGUCAGUAAAAGAUUCUCAAGUUGUUCAGGUGGUUCUAGAUGGUCUGAAAAACAUUCUGAUAAUGGCUGGUGAUGAAGCAAGCACAAUAGCUGAAAUAAUAGAAGAAUGCGGAGGUUUGGAGAAAAUUGAAGUUUUACAGCAGCAUGAAAAUGAAGACAUAUAUAAAUUAGCAUUUGAAAUCAUAGAUCAGUAUUUCUCUGGUGAUGAUAUUGAUGAAGAUCCUAGCCUCAUUCCUGAAGCAACACAAGGAGGUACUUACAACUUUGACCCAACAGCCAACCUUCAAACAAAAGAAUUUAAUUUUUAAGUUCAAUUGAGUGCAGCAUCUUUCCCACAUUCAAUAUGAAGCACCACCAGAUGGCUACCAAAUGACAAGAACAACAACUACAAAAGGCUCCAAAACAUACAUGCCUCUUUGUUUUGAUGCUUCUAAAGCAAGCCAUGUCUCAGUCACUUUGCAGUUGCCAAAAGUCACUAUCCACAUGGACUGUAAAUGCAUAUGCAUGAUUUCCUAAACUGUUUUAGAAUUCUCCUUAACAGUCUCAACUACCCUAUUUUUCCCUGUUCCCUGGUGCCACACGCUGACAACCGCAGUCUUCAGUUUAGAAUAUUCUGUAGCGGUGGCAUGUCAGCUGCCCACUUGAUAUUCCUUUGGAAAAUGGUGCGCUAUGGAUCAAGACACUUUGGUAUGACACAUACACAUGUUGGAAGACUUUAAAGAGGUGCAGUCUGAUCUGAGCCUCCAUCAUUGUCCUCCACAAACAUAUUUUCAUACUCUUUAUGUGGAAGAAUAGAUUUUAAAGUACAAGCCAAAUGAUUUUCAUUGGUGGAACUGACACAAACAAAAAGUAACUUAAAAAAAAGAAACUUGGUUAUUGAUUAAACAGAUAAGUUUUAAAAAACUGUACUUCAUCUACCAGUAAUUGAUGUGUUUAUUAUCUGCCUCAGAAGCCAGGGUUGGAGGAAGAACUUUAGCUAUGGAUGGUAAUGCUUUCGCCAUUAUACCUAAUUUUUGAGAACAGCAAGCCCUAUUUGACCACUCACUUCAGCCUGUGUGUUCCUGCUGUUUUGAAGUAAUCAAAUGCUGUGCAUGGUAUUUUACCUGAGCUGCAACCUGUUACGGACUUGAACUUCUGUUUAAGUUGAAAGCAAGAGUCCCUGACUAUAAAGAAAAAAAUAAAUAAAAACAAAAACACAAAAUUCUAAAGUACCCAUUGGUGAUAUUAAAAAAGAAAAUCUUGCUUUCAGCUUUCAGGAGUUAAUAUUUUUCGUUUUAAAUUGAUAAUUGGGUAUGGUUGACUUAUAUUGGGUUUAAACUGUGGAGCUUUCAUGUUUACUGUAAUUUAGUCUUAAAAUAUUUUUUACUUAGUAACCAGUGCUUUUGAUAAUGUGGUUGGCAACAAAACAACAACUAUUUAGAAGUGUCAUAAAACUUCAUUCGUUGAUUAUUGGAAAGUUCAUUCAGAUCCUACUCUAAAAGCAUAUUCACAUAUAAAAAGAUUCAGACAAGGAUCUGCAUAGAGGAAUAAUCUGCAGUUAUUUAACAUAAACCUGAUUUGCAGUGAUCUUUAAGUAAUUCUGCAAAAUCUGGUAUUACUAUGUAAAGUCAUUGCUUUUGGUAAAUUGUCUGACCCAGCUAUUCAUGAAAGAAUUUGAAAUUUUUUAAACUGAAUAAUUUGUGCUGUCACAGGAAUGGUUUUGUUGCUAUUGUUUACUGGGUAUAAUUUCCCAAUGCAUUGAUGUGAAGGGAUAGAAAAUCUAAACUAAUUUAGUUAUCAGAUUGGGGGGGGUUGUGUAUUUACUGUGAUGAAGAUGAGACAGAUGCCAUCAGAGCUUUGUGAAUCAGCGGGGGUGUUUUCACUGAUAAACAACACAUAGCAGGUGUGCGUUCAUUACAAAUAUAUGUAUCUGCCAAGGUGGAGCCACUUUAAAGAGUGAGUUUUGUCUUGUAUCUAAAGUGGAUACAAGAGUAUGUUUAAACUGCAAGAUUUUUACUUGCUAGAGAAUCUGUUUUAAUAUAGUGGUUUGGCCUCUGAUUAUUUAUAGGUUUUAUAAAUUUUAGAAUCAAUUUCUCUUUAAGGUGGCUCAGAUUUUUCAACUCUUGUGCACAUAAAAUUGAGUUGAAGUUCAUUGUGCCUUUUUUUCUUUAUCCAAAUUUUGAGUUAAAGCUUCAUAUGGUAACUGCAUCCUGUUCAGUAGUCUAAAUUUCUGAAACUGUGUGGUGUUCACUAAAAGUAGGAAUAACAAAGUCAAAGCUAAUUAAGGUCACAAACUUCGGUGAAACCCUUGAAGUCCAAAUCUUCUCAAUAUUGUGAAUUGUACCCCUUCCAGUUUACUUUCUUCUGGACUCUCCAUACUUACUGACAGUUACCUUUUAAAUUUUGCACACAUUGAGAUUAAAUUGGGCCUCUACUGUGCCGAUUCCUAUUUCCUCUUGUGUUUUAAGUGCAAACUAACAUAAGUGAACAUUAGCAUCAAGUAGUGCAGACAUAACGUAUGCAUUGGCUUGAUCCAAUUUGUUGUGACCUUAUCAGUUUGGAAAUGGAAAUGCAAAAUUUCGUAGGUAAAGGAAACUAAGUAUAUUGCUGCACUUUUAAGUUUUCAAAACAGUGUUGAAAAAUUGCAUUGUUUUUAUUUUUUUUUAACUCAGUUAAAAAAGACUAAAACAUUCUUUCAAAAGAGGCAUCUAAAUGUGUUCCUAAUUUUGUAUAUGGGCUUAGGUUUUGUAACCAAUAAAAAAGCUGCUAUCAAAUAUGAUAAAA